CCAACAUCGACGUUCGACAACCGCAGGCCCCGACCACCCCUUUCGCGACGAAUUUUCCCAACCCAGCUCGACUUCGCUUCCCUGUCGACCUGAAUUCUCGCAAAAAUGGCGACCGAGUUGAACGUCCAGUCGGAACGUGCGUUCCAGAAGCAGCCUCACAUCUUCGUCAACCCCAAGACCACCGCGAAGAGCAAGAAGACCACCCAGGGUCGCCGCUGGUACAAGGAUGUCGGUCUUGGUUUCCGUACCCCCAAGACUGCCAUUGAGGGCAACUACAUCGACAAGAAGUGCCCCUUCGUCGGUCAGGUCUCCAUCCGUGGCCGUAUCUUGACCGGCCGUGUCGUCUCCACCAAGAUGCACCGUACCAUCGUCAUCCGCCGUGAAUACCUCCACUACGUCCCCAAGUACAACCGUUACGAGAAGCGCCACAAGAACCUUGCCGCCCAUGUCUCUCCCGCUUUCCGUGUUGAGGAGGGUGACUGGGUCACCGUCGGCCAGUGCCGUCCUCUGAGCAAGACUGUUCGCUUCAACACCCUGCGUGUCCUGCCCCGCACCGGCAAGGCCGUCAAGGCGUUCAGCAAGUUCUAAGCGUGUCGAUGACGAAAAAAAGGGGGUAUUUUCUCGAGGAAAACCAUCUAGGGCAGCGGCGCGACAGGGGCAAUAAGCGAAAUAGUACAAACGGGUUGGGAUUGUUUCACGAUUUCAUGUCCCAGGUACCCUUGUGAAAGGAGAUAUCCAAUGAAUAUUAAAAAAGAAAAAAAAAAUCGCUCACUUUUGAUCCCUAAUAUAGAGAUCCCGCCUGUUUCUCCAGAAGGUUGGGUAUGGGUGUUUUUCAAUCUUACAUUCACUGGGUUAUUAUAAUCUGGGGCGCUACACAUAUAUUUCCUUAAUGUGCUACUCUUCCUGGUGAAA